AUGACUAGUCCAGCAGAAACAGAAACUCAAAAACCAAUUAUAUUUGCACCUGAAACAUACCAAUAUACAAAAGGUCAUUUACAAGAAUCGGAUUUAUUAUCAAAUCCAUUAGAUCAAUUUAAUAAAUGGUUUAAAGAAGCUCAAGAAAAAUUACCAACAGAUUCAGACAUUAUUAUAGAAGCUGUAAAUUUUUCAACAGCUAAUUUACCAAGUGGUAGAGUAUCAAGUAGAAUUGUAUUAUUAAAAGAAUUAGAUAAAUAUGGGUUUUUAGUGUAUUCUAAUUGGCAAACUAGUAAAAAAUCAAAAGAUUUUAAUUCAAAUAAAUAUGCUGCAUUAACAUUUUUUUGGCCUCAUAUACAAAGACAAGUUAGAGUUGAAGGUAUAAUGGAACAUGUCACUAGAGAAACAAGUGAAAGAUAUUACCAAACACGACCAAGAGGUUCAAAAAUUGGAGCAUGGGCAAGUCCUCAAAGUACUAAAAUAAAUUCAAGAGAUGAAUUGAAUGAUUUAAAUGAAAAAUAUGAAGAACAAUUUAAAGAUUUAAAAGAUGAAGAAAUUCCAUGUCCUGAAUUUUGGGGAGGUAUUAGAAUUGAACCAUUAGAAAUUGAAUUCUGGCAAGGUGGAUUAAGUAGAUUACAUGAUAGAAUUAGUUUUAGAAGAGAAGAUUUAACCAAAGAUUGGGAAAUUUUUAGAUUAGCACCAUAA